AUCCAUGAGGAGGCACUUCGACGUUGGGUGCAACGAAAAGAGGGGAGAUUACUUAUUGAUGAGAUUCUCGUGUGUGGCCGGUCCCCGCUUCGUUAUAUUCGUUUAUAAAUAUAUCGUGGGUGUAUAUUGCAUUAUUAAUUUAAAUAUUAUUCCAUAAAUCAUCUACGAGAAAGGGUGGACAGUGAUACGUGAAGUGAACAUCCUGGAGGCUCGUAUUUUUGGACCAGCAGUAGGGUCCUGAGAACUACGAGUCCAAAUUACUGCUUCCAGAAUGGCCCUGUGGACUAAAGCACAGCAAUUACCACAGGAGGCACUACAACAAGUGCGUUCUGUUUAUGGUGAACAUUUUCCUAUCGAAGUACGACACUUUCUCUCGUCAUGGAUCGAAGAAAAAAUGUGGACCGAUAUAGAACCUGAUAAUCCGCAAUACGAACAAUACAUAGCUAAUCUAAUUGGUUCUUUAAUACAAGAAUUAGAAGUUAAAGCAAGUACUUUAAACAACGAAGAUUUAUUUUUAACGAAAAUAAAGCUUAUGGAAGCUGCCAAAAUGUUCAGACAUAGAUACACCGACAAUCCUACUACCCUUUUUAAAAUAAUUAGACAUUGCUUAGGAACGGAAAUGAAACUUGUCGCUCAGCUAGAAAAUAUUGGAGGUAUUAUGACUAUGAGUGCCAGUCGGGUUGGUUUAAUGGUAGGAGACUCUGUCGCAGAAAUAGCCCAACAAGUUGAAGUUAUAAGACGUAAAACACAAGAAAGCGGAGAAGAAUUGCGUAAAAUGGAACAGGAACAGGAGGCCUUUGCUAUUAGUUACCAUGAAUGCACAAAAAUAAAUGCUCAUUUGCAACAUCUUGCCACUCAACCGAAAAGUCAACAAAUUAGUGACUUGGAAAUGAAAAUCAGACGGCAAAAAGAAACUCAAGAUCAAUUAUUGAAUCAAAAAGCUACGGGUUUAAUGCAAUUACGCUUAUCACUGGCAGAUAAAUUGAAAGAUACUAUUGCCAGAUUAAAUACAUUACAAUCGAGAGUUCUCGAUGAUGAAUUAAUCAGGUGGAAGAGGGAUCAACAAUUAGCUGGAAACGGGGCACCGUUUAACAGUAAUUUAGAUUCCAUUCAAGAAUGGUGCGAAAGUCUUGCAGAAUUAAUAUGGCAUAAUCGACAACAAAUAAAAGAAGCAGAACACUUGAAGCAGAAAUUUGGCCUGGAUCCCCCAGGAAUACAAGAUAUUCUUCCCACUUUAAAUUCACAGAUCACGCAACUUCUUAGUUCCUUAGUCACUAGUACAUUUAUCAUAGAAAAGCAGCCACCACAAGUAAUGAAAACUAAUACACGUUUUACAAGUACAGUACGUCUCUUAGUUGGAGGAAAAUUAAAUGUUCAUAUGACACCGCCUCAAGUAAAAGUAAGCAUAAUUAGUGAAAGUCAAGCAAAUAUUCAAUUAAAAAAUGGCAAAAUGGCUAAGUGUGGGGAAGUUAGUGGUGAAAUUUUAAAUAACAGUGGAACGAUGGAAUAUCAUCAAGCAACACGACAACUGUCAGUUAGUUAUCGAAAUAUGCAAUUGAAAAAGAUUAAAAGAGCUGAAAAGAAGGGUACAGAGUCAGUUAUGGAUGAAAAAUUUUCACUUCUAUUUCAAUCUCAAUUUAGUGUUGGUGGGGGUGAAUUAGUAUUUCAAGUGUGGACUUUGAGCUUACCAGUCGUAGUAAUUGUACAUGGAAAUCAAGAACCUCAUGCAUGGGCUACAGUUACAUGGGACAACGCUUUCGCAGAACCUGGAAGAAUUCCUUUUGUUGUACCUGACAAAGUACCAUGGGGACAAGUAGCAGAAGCAUUGAACGUUAAGUUCAGAUCAGCUACGGGAAGGCCUUUAACAGAUGAUAAUCUUCAUUUUCUCGCGGAGAAAGCAUUUAGAGGUGGAAAUUCAGGUGGUCAAGAAUAUUCUAGUUUACUUCUUAGUUGGGCUCAGUUCUGUAAGGAGCCCUUACCAGAAAGAAACUUUACAUUUUGGGAAUGGUUCUAUGCUGUUAUGAAAUUAACUAGAGAACAUUUGAGGAGUCCCUGGAUAGACGGAUUCAUUCUUGGAUUUGUUAGAAAAAAGCAAGCGGAAGAAAUGUUAGCUAACUGUGCAUCAGGAACUUUCUUAAUGCGUUUUUCUGAUUCAGAACUUGGAGGAGUUACCAUUGCUUGGGUUGGAGAUCAAACAGAAGUUUUUAUGCUUCAACCAUUUACAAGCAAGGAUUUUGCUAUCCGCAGUUUAGCAGAUCGAGUCUCUGAUUUGCAGCAUCUUUUAUAUCUGUAUCCUGAUAUACCGAAAGAUCACGCUUUCUCUAAAUAUUAUACACCAGAAAACCGAUCAACAUCGGCAAAUGGAUAUGUUAAGCCAUUGCUAGUAACACACGUACCUGGAUGGGGUGGUCCAGUUGUAGGAAGUCAAACGCCUUCGCAUUCUUCAGUGGUCGGUGUUAGUAAUAAUGGUCAAAGUUGUCCAAGCGGAAGUUAUCCUGCUACACCUUCUACUAUAUUCCAAGCACAUAGUCCAGAUCCAUCUGUAACACGUGAUACUCCAUCUGUUGCUUCCAGCUAUGCUUCGGGUCUCGGCCACUCAGGUAUUGGUGGGCGACCAAACUCGGACAUGGACUAUGUGGUUUUGAUGGGCAAUGGUGAACUAUCCACUAUCGACGAGAAUCUCAACUUGGACCAAUUUAAUGGUUUCGUUUUUUCCGAGUUAAUGCAGUCAUACAACACCAAACCGCAGUAGGUAUAUUGGUGCAAAAAAGUUGUAGGUUGCCAUCGUAUACCUUCAUUUUCGAUCUCUAUUCUUCUUGGAUAUUAUAAUCCAUGCAAUAUAUGAUUCGAGAUCAUUUGUUAUUUAACAGGGGAGGGAUUUAUGGUAGAGGCAGAUCAUACUUAUCUAAAAAUGGAAAAAAAAAAAAUUAAUAA